AUGUGUAUUUAUAUCCGUCUCGUCCCGCUCUCUCUAUCUCCGGCUCUCCCCCUCUCUCUCUCCAAUAAAGAUGACAGGCGCCAUCGACCCUCCAUCUUCAAAAGAAGAUAAUGAAGAAAUCAACGACUCUCCGAUCGAUGAGGUCCGCCUCACUGUCCCAAUCAUUGACGAUCCAACGUUGCCCACCUUGACGUUCCGAACAUGGGUCCUUGGCAUUGCAUCAUGCGUCCUUCUAGCAUUCGUCAACAAGUUCUUUGGAUACCGUCAAAACCAGCUCUCUGUAUCGUCAGUAACGGCUCAGAUCGUUGUUUUACCGAUCGGGAAGCUGAUGGCGGCCACGUUGCCGACAAAGCCCAUACGUGUCCCGAUGACCAAGUGGUCAUUUUCUUUGAAUCCUGGACCGUUCAAUUUGAAAGAGCACGUACUUAUAACCAUCUUCGCCAACUCAGGCGCAGGUGGGGUCUAUGCUGUCCACAUCAUCACCAUUGUGAAGGCAUUUUACCACAGGGAUAUGCAUCCGUUUGCUGCAUUUCUGUUAGCCCAGACUACGCAGAUGCUAGGAUAUGGAUGGGCUGGUAUCUUUAGGAAGUACCUGGUCGAUUCUCCCUACAUGUGGUGGCCCAGUAACCUUGUCCAAGUCUCCCUCUUCAGGGCAUUGCAUGAGAAAGAGAAAAGACCCAAAGGCGGGCUAACAAGACUGCAGUUUUUCCUAAUAGUUAUGAUAUCAAGCUUCGCUUAUUACGUUAUCCCUAAUUAUCUCUUCCCUUCCAUAACUGCCCUCUCCAUUGUCUGCUGGAUAUGGAAGAACUCAGUCACUGCUCAGCAAAUCGGGUCCGGUAACUCGGGCCUUGGAAUCGGGUCCAUCGGCCUAGAUUGGGCCACUGCAUCUAGUUACACUGGUAGUCCGUUGGCUACUCCAGGUUUUGCGAUCGUCAAUAUAUUAAUCGGAUUCGUUUUGAUCGUAUACAUCGUCACACCGAUCUCGUACUGGAAUAACUGGUUUAAUGCGAAGAUGUUCCCGAUCUUUUCAUCGAAGACCUUUGAUGCGGAUGGAAACAAGUACAACAUCUCACGUGUGAUUAAUCAGGCAACGUUCGAUUUUGAUCAGAAAGGGUAUGAUAAUUACAGCCCUAUACAUCUCAGCACCUUCUUCGCUUUCAGUUAUGGGCUUAGUUUCGCGACUUUAGGGGCUACUUUGACCCACGUGGCACUUUUCCAUUGGAGCUCGAUCUGGCAGCUGUCACGUAAAACCGUGGGGAAGGCCCGCGAUCAGGUGGAGGACGUCCAUAACAGAUUGAUGAAGAAAUACAAUCCUGUCCCUCAAUGGUGGUUCCAUCUGAUAUUGGUGUCCAUGGUCGGUCUGGCCAUCCUCACAUGUGAAGGCUUUGGUCAGCAGUUGCAGCUUCCCUACUGGGGGGUCUUUCUAGCGUGCGCACUGGCUCUAUUCUACACCCUACCUAUUGGAAUCAUCACAGCCACUACUAACCAGACCCCAGGAUUAAACGUUAUAACGGAGUUGGUAAUCGGGUACAUGUACCCGGGGAAGCCCCUUGCCAACGUGGCUUUUAAGACCUACGGUUAUAUCAGCAUGAAUCAGGCAAUCCAGUUCCUUGCGGAUUUCAAACUGGGCCACUACAUGAAGAUCCCUCCUAGAUCCAUGUUCGUUGCUCAGCUGGUCGGAACAGUGGUGGCAUCCACGGUCUACUUCGGCACUGCAUGGUGGCUACUCACAACCGUUGAAAACAUCUGCGAUCCAUCAUCACUCCCCGAUGGGAGCCCUUGGACUUGCCCUGGUGAUGCUGUGUUCUACAGCGCAUCUGUCAUCUGGGGUCUGGUGGGCCCACUCCGGAUGUUCGGCAGCCUUGGUGUCUAUGACAAAGUCAACUGGUUCUUUCUAAUCGGAGCGAUCUCGCCCAUCCCUGUCUAUGUAUUGGCCCGACUCUUCCCCAACCAACGGUGGAUAUCCUUGAUUAAUAUGCCUGUGAUCUUGGGGGCCACUGGGAGCAUGCCACCUGGCAGGGCUGUCAACUACAUCACCUACUUUGUAGUGGGCAUUUUUUUCAACUUAUACGUUUACAGGAAAUACAGAGGGUGGUGGGCCAGGCAUAACUACAUCCUAUCCGCUGGUUUGGAUGCUGGUGUUGCUUUGAUGGGUGUAUUGAUGUACUAUGCUCUUCAGGGAUAUGAUAUCUAUGGGAUGAAUUGGUGGGGUUUGGAUGCUGAUGAUCAUUGUCCGUUGGCCAGUUGCCCUACAGCUCCAGGCAUGGUUGUCGAAGGGUGUCCGGCCUAUUGAUGGUUGGUGGAUGUGUUGAAAUGAUUUGGUGAAAAGAUGGUUGGAUUUGAGAUUAAUCAAGACAUGCCCCACUUUGUGUUUCCAUCAAAUGAGAUUGAUAGUGGGCUGAGUGCAUUUGUCAA